GGACCUUCCUUUCUGGAUAUCCAACUGAUCACAGGGACUGAUAUUGAAAAAGCUUCAACAUUUUUUACAGCUGGUUCAGUAGGGUACCUGUGUGGUUCUUUAGUAAGUGGUAUCCUUAUUGAUAAGUUUAAUAAGAUACUUCUGUUAACUGUUUGUGUUACUGGUCUAGCGGUCACUUGUGCUGUAAUUCCCCUUUGUUCCAUCUAUGGUUUAAUGGUUUUUAUAUUUUUGGCGAACUCCUUUUGUGGUGGAUUUCUUGAUACGGGUGGAAAUGCUGAUAUGGUUUCUAUUUGGUCCGAAGCUGAAGGGAGACCUUACAUGCAGUUCAUUCAUUUUGCCUUCGCAUUUGGUGGAGUUAUUUCCCCUUUAAUAACAGCCCCGUUUCUGUCACCAAGUACACAAGCUAACGCAUUGAAUACGUCGACCUCCGACUUUGAAAACACAACAGUAGUCGGGGAUAAUACAACAUCUCCUUCUAAUAUUACAUCAAACGUCUCAGAAGGUGCAGUUGAAAUCCAAUUAAUAUACGCCUACAUUAUUGCUGGUAUCCUCACUUUCAUUGCUGCUUCAUGUUGUCUGGUGAUCUAUUGUAAGAUGAAAGCCACAAAAAAGAAGACACAGACGAAAAAAGAGGCACCAGUCGAGGAAAAGAGAGAUUUGCCACUAAAAUAUUAUAUCUUAACUGUCGUUUUGCUGGAUCUAAUGUAUGUGUUUUACUGUUCUGUAGAGGACACUUUUGCAGCUUAUCUGUUAACUUUCACAGUCCUACACUUGAAGUGGAGCAAAAGUAGUGGAAGUCAAAUAACUUCAUUGUUUUGGGCAUCUUUUGCCGUAUCCAGAUUUUUAGGGAUAUUUUUUAUUGGUUGUUUAAGACCAGUUAGAAUGUUAGCAAUAUGUUUCUUCGGCUUAUUUGUUAGUUUGUUAGCAUUUUUGUUAUGUGCCUACUACCAUAUUUACCCGGGUAUAUGGGUUUUCACCGUAUUCGUAGGAUUCUCAUUAUCAGUUAUUUUUCCAACUGGCUUUACCUGGACACAAGAAAGUUUAGUUAAGGUUAGUGGUAAGGUAGCUUCAUCGAUAUUGAUAGCCGCUUCAUUGGGCACAAUGAUAAAUCCGUUGAUAAUAGGGUAUUUA